GAAUUGCUCUGUGAUAACAGCUGUUUAGCAUAUCGCACGCCACCUUAUGUCUAUUGAAAGUUUCGCGUUGUGGGAAAAAGUUAUAUAUAAUCAUUCGGUGUCAUUCAAAGCGAGAAGGAAGAGGAGUGUUUUGCAGAACUUUCAGAGCGAUCUGUCAUUCGCAAUAAUUCGAUAUUACACACCAGGAUAGCUCGAUCAUCAUGCGAUGACGAUUUUCAAUCAUCUUCGUAAAACUGCCAGAACAUUGCAGCUUUUACAAUCUCAUUCUAUUCAUGCGCACAAAGGUCUAUGUAUUUUCUACCGAAAUGAAUCAAGUUUUGUGCCUAAGAAGGUACUUAUUGUGGCGAAAUUAUCAAGAUAUCAUUUUGAAAGAUUACGGGAACGCGAGCUCAGUGAAACCCAGCUGAAAUUAAAACUAAUAGAGAGAGGUUCCGAUUAUGAUGCUAUGCUUGCUAGCCAUUUUGCCACCAAAGCUGUAGAAGAUCAAGUAAUCAAAAUCUUGCGGAAGAUGCAUGUGGAAUAUAGGAUAAUAGAUAGAACAACUUUAGAUCAAUCGCAUUUUGCAUGGACGGAUCUAGUCCUGCCAAUCGGCGGUGAUGGAACAUUUCUCUUGGCUUCAAAUUUAAUAUUUGAUAAUAAGAAACCUAUAAUGGGCAUCAAUUCAUAUCCUGAGAAGUCAGAAGGUUACCUUCUGUUACCGGCAAAAUAUACGAGAAACAUAGCAGAGAUUUUUGAAAUGCUAAAAACAGGACAUUACAAUAUACUCAUGCGAAGAAGAAUUCGGACCACUCUGAAAGGAGAAGAAAUAUGGAAAGCUCCUUUUCAUAUGCACGAAAAAGGACGCAUUGCAGGUGGUGAGAGGUUUUUUGUAAAUGAGAUAUUUGAAGGCAAUCCUAAUAAAUUACCAAAAGAAAGGCGUCUACCUUGGUUGGCACUUAAUGAAGUUUUCAUGGGAGAAACGUUAUCUGCACGAACAAGUUCCUUGUUCAUAAAGUUAAAUGAAGAGCAAAAGUAUCAAAAGGUAAAAGGCUCUGGUUUGUGCGUAAGCACUGGCACAGGAUCAACAUCUUGGUAUAAAUCUAUAAACAGUCUGAGUUACCAAACUACGCGAGAAAUAUUAAGUCUCAUAGAUACCAAGCGGCAAUUUACUAAUGACGAAAUUGAGACGAUUUGUUCAACAUUCAAUAGUAACUUACGGUUUAAUGCAGAGGAUUCCAAACUAUGUUAUUCGAUAAGAGAUAUGAUAAUGACUGAUGCAGUGUCCGUUCCAAAGCGCAUAUAUCCUCGUGGUUUUUGUAAAAGAAUCACCAUAAGAUCAGAGUGUUUUGAUGCAGGUUUAGUUCUCGAUGGUGGAAUAGCAGUUCCCUUUAAUUUCGGCACUGUCGCGGAAAUAGCAACUUUUCCCGAAGACUCUUUGCGAACUAUCACUCUUCCUGAUUGAAACGAUUGUUAGGAUAAUUUUGAAGAAGUAUUUUAUAGCAUUGAUAUAAAUAUGAUAAUUUGUGAUCAUGUAAAUAACAUUCUCGCAUGUUUCGUAUUUUUUAUGAAAAAUAAUUUUUUGGGAAGAAUAUUUAUAGAACAUUAAUAUAUAAAAGAAUGGAAUCAAUCUUAUGCAUGUCUAUAGUAAGAAAGAAAUGAUGGAAAUAUUUAUUUAUAUUAUAUUCAGGUAUUAUAUGUAU